AUGGCUUUGGACGAACAGGUGCAGACAAUGAGCAUCGAGGAAAGAAGAGUUAUUGCAGAGCCCACGGAAAUGUUGGAAGAUGUUCUCUUGCAAGAAGAUGAUCCAGAGAAAUUUACCAGAAUUGGAACAUGUAUGAAGGAGAAGGCAAAAGAAGACCUCAUCCAGUUCCUGAGAAAAAGUAUCGACGUUUUUGCAUGGAGUCAUGACGACAUGCCAGGAAUCGACCCAAGUGUGAUUACUCAUCGGUUGAAUGUAUACCCCUUUUUUAAGCCCAUCCGUCAGAAGAAGAGGGUAUUCGCUCCCGAGAGGGACAAAGCAAUCAAGGAAGAGGUUCAAAAACUGACAACAGCAAAGUUCAUCAAGGAAGUCUAUUACCCGGAUUGGUUAGCCAAUGUGGUGAUGAUAGGACGGAAUGUGGAGGUUUAUGUCGACGACAUGCUUGUGAAGAGCAUAGACGAAGGAAGCCAUCUAGAUGACCUACAGGAAACCUUUGAAACACUUCGGCGAUAUAAGAUGAAGUUGAACCCAAGCAAGUGUGCAUUCGGAGUGUCGUCAGGAAAGUUUAUGGGGUUCAUGGUCUCGCAAAGGGGAGUUGAAGCAAAUCCGGAUAAGAUCCAGGCUAUAUUGAACAUGGAGCCACCGAAGAGUAUCAAGGAAGUCCAAUCCCUCACAGGACGAGUUGCCGCUUUGAACAGGUUUGUUUCGAAAGCCACAGAUAAGUGUUUACCUUUCUUUAAAGUCCUCAGGAAGGCAUUUGAGUGGACGGACGAAUGCCAAAGGGCCUUUCAAGACCUGAAAGAUUAUCUUACAACGGCCCCAUUAUUAAGUCCAUCUGUGCAAGGAGAAGAACUGUACCUAUACUUAGCGGUGUCCCCACAUGCCGUAAGUUCAGCUUUAAUUAGAGAAGAAGGGAAAAUACAAAAGCCGGUGUACUACACUAGCCGGGCACUCAGAGGAGCAGAGGGAAGAUAUCCGUUAAUGGAGAAAUUGGCUUUCGCACUAAUAACGGCUUCUAGGAAGUUAAGACAUUACUUCCAAGUUCAUAUCAUUAAUGUUAUGACGGAUCAUCCGCUUAAGAAGGCAAUGAACAAGCUGGAAGCCGCAGGACGACUCGUUCAGUGGGCAGUUGAACUUAGUGAAUUCGACAUUCGGUAUCAACCGAGAAGUGCAAUAAAGGCUCAAGCCUUGGCAGAUUUCAUUGCGGAGUUCACUCCAUGUUAUGAAGACCUGGGGGAAGGCGAGUACAACAAAUGGGUCGUCCAUGUUGAUGGAUCGUCUACAUUAUAUGCUGGAGGAAUAGGAGUUGUUUUGCAGUCGCCAGAAGGGGACAAAUUGAAAUACAAGGCCCGUCUGCAAUACCAGACUACUAACAAUGAAGCGGAGUAUGAAGCCCUUUUAAAGGGGUUGGAACUGGCCAAGUCCGUAGAAGCAGACUCAAUACUUGUCCUGGGAGAUUCUCAACUGAUCAUAGGCCAAGUCAAUGGGACAUGUGAAGCCAAGGAAGACAGAAUGAAGAAAUAUCUAAGGAAGCCAGCAGAAUAUCUCACGCCAAUGAUGGCCCCUUGGCCUUUCGCACAAUGGGGACUAGAUAUUUUGGGGCCCUUUCCGACUGGAACUCGGCAAAUGAAGUUUCUGGUGGUGGGAAUAGAUUACUUCACAAAAUGGGUGGAAGCCGAACCCUUAGCCAAAAUUACACAGCAGAAUGUCAAGAACUUCGUCUGGAAGAACAUUGUAUGCAGAUUCGGAGUACCUAGAGUACUAGUGUCUGACAAUGGACGACAGUUUGACAACACACCCUUCAGGGAAUUUUGUGAACAACUUGGAAUGAAGAACCAUUACUCCUCACCCUCCCACCCACAGGCCAAUGGCCAGGCAGAAGUAGCGAACCGAUCCUUGCUGAAGAUCAUCAAGACUCGGCUCGAAGGGGCAAAGGGGAUAUGGCCGGAUGAAUUACCAGGUGUUUUAUGGGCUUAUAGAACGACAGCGAGAACUCCAACAGGAGAAACUCCUUUUAAGCUAGCUUACGGAAGUGAGGCAGUUAUACCAGCAGAAGUACACAUGACGAGCCACAGGGUCAGGAAGUACCAAACUGAAGAAAAUGACGAACAGCUCCGUCUUAACCUUGACCUUAUGGACGAGGUCAGGAUGGAUGCAGAACAAAGGACAGCAAGAUUGAUCCGCAAAAAGAAAGCAAGCAUGGACGAAUGA